AUGGGAGGCACAAUCACAGAACGGAUCUACAACGGAGGAACAAACACAGAAGCGGACGACAACACAAAAACAGCAACCCUGACCAUAGGCACAACCGGGAAAGCGGGUAACGUAACAGGAGGAAUAACCAACUACACCGGCGACAUAGUCAACAUAAUCAACGGCACAGUCAGCAACGGCUCAGUGGACAACUACGGCAUCACCAACAUAGGGGAAAUCGGAGGAACAGGGGGAACAAUCACAGCCAAAACCACCAACUACACUGGCGGCACCAUCAACCUCAGAAACGGGGAAAUAACAGAAACAGUAGGCACACUAAUCAACAGCACCGGCGGAACCAUCAACACCAGCGGCGGCACAAUAUCUGCCGCAAUCAGCAACGAAGGGGAAAUCAACCAAACAGAAGGACUGUUCACGGGAAUAAUAACCAGCAGCGGCACCAUCAACACCAGCGGCGGCACAAUAACCAACAAAAUCACCAACACGGCUGAAAUCAACGCCUUAACAAGUGACGGUGUUGCG